AACACUAUCACUUCAUUCUCAUUCACAAACAAAGAGAAAAACAAGAGAGUACUAAGAGAGAAAAAAUGGGUAAGUGUUGCAUUACAUUGUUUUUGGUAACACUAGUUCUGGUGCAAUCUGCCUUCGCGGCAAGAACUGCACCAGAACAAAAAACCAACACAAAUAUUGUGAACACUACUCAUGAUGACAACAAGAAAAGUGGUGUAACAGUACCAGCAACCGACGAGAAGAACUUUGUCUCGUUCGGAGGUGUUGGUGGUGGUGUUGGAGGUGUUGCUGGAGUUGUUGGUUUACCCGUUGGAGGUAUCGGUGGCGGAGUUGGAGGGUUAGGUGGUGCUGGAGGUGUAGGAGGGUUGGGUGGUGCUGGUGGGCUAGGUGGGCUUGGUGGUGGUGCUGGUGGGCUUGGUGGAGGUGCUGGUGGGCUUGGUGGGCUUGGUGGUGGUGCUGGUGGACUUGGUGGGUUAGGUGGUGGUGCUGGUGGGCUUGGUGGGCUUGGUGGUGCUGGUGCUGGUGCUGGAACUGGUGGUGGUGCUGGUUGUGUUGGGGGUAUUCCUUAAGAUGAUUAUUGAUGAUCAUGAGUAAUUAAUAGGUUGUUAUAGUUUGAUUAAUUAUGUUUUGAGCUUAAUUAAUACUUCUAUGUUUUCAUAACUCAUAAUUGUGUUUUAGUGGAUGGGGUUAAUUUUUGUUAUAAUAAGUUAGUUUAAUUUGCAUAAGAGCUAGGUUGUAAGAGACUCUCCUGUGAGUGUUGGAGGGAUUGAGUUAUAUUGGUGUGUAUGUUCGUUUAUGCUUUUGUUGUUUAUUAUUAUUCAAUAAAAGUUUGUUAUUCAUCUUA